AUGCAAAACGCCAGGAAGUGCCUGUGUCUCUUCCCCAUCUGCUCCCUCACCCCCACACCCUCCCGUUUGCUCACAAGUAAACAGGCAAUGGGCAACCAAAUGCUGCCUGAGCUACCUGAUGCUGCUAAUUACUAUGCCUGCUUAGAGCCAAUUAUCUCCACAAAAGCGAGCAUCUUCAUGUCACAUUCCAAACGGGGCGACAGGCUGUCCGUCGGGGACACGGGCCUGGACCGAGAGCGGCUGUGCGGCCAGGCCCCUCAGUGCGUGCUGGCCUUCGACGUGGUCAGCUUCUCCCAGGAGCAGUUCCGGCUGGUGCACGUGGAGGUGGAAGUGAGGGACAUCAAUGACCAUGCGCCGCGCUUCCCCCGGGCCCAGAUUCCCGUGGAGGUGUCCGAGGGUGCUGCAGUGGGCACGCGCAUCCCCCUGGAGGUGCCCGUGGACGAGGACGUGGGCGCCAACGGGCUGCAAAGCGUGCGCCUGGCAGAACCCCACAGCCCCUUCCGCGUGGAGCUGCAGACGCGCGCGGACGGUGCCCAGUGCGCCGACUUGGUGCUGCUGCAGGAGCUGGACCGCGAGAGCCAGGCCACCUACAGCCUGGGGCUGGUGGCCCAGGACGGCGGCCAUCCGCCGCGCUCCGCCACGGCCGCCCUCAGCGUGCGCGUGCUGGACGCCAACGAUCACAGCCCGGCCUUCCCGCAGGGCGCCGUGGCAGAAGUGGAGCUGGCGGAGGACGCGCCCGUGGGCUCGCUCCUGCUAGACCUGGACGCGGCGGACCCCGACGAGGGCCCCAACGGCGACGUGGUGUUCGCCUUCGGGGCCCGCACCCCGCCCGAGGCGCUCCGCCUCUUCCGCCUGGACCCGCUCUCCGGCCGCCUCACCCUAGCGGGGCCCGUGGACUACGAGCGCCAGGACACUUAUGAACUGGACGUGCCGGCGCAGGACCGCGGCCCCGAGCCCCGCGCCACCACCUGCAAGGUCAUCGUGCGCCUCCGCGAUGUCAGUGACAACGCUCCGGACAUCUCCAUCACCCCCCUGGCCGCCCCGGGCGCGCCUGCUGCUUCGUCCUUCGCCGCCGCCGCCGCCGCUCUUGGCGGGGCGGAGGCGACCUCGUCGACCGGGCCUGGGACGCCGGAGGCGAGCGCCGUCUCGCUGGUGCCGGAGGGGGCGGCGCGCGAGAGCCUGGUGGCGCUGGUCAGCACCUCGGACAGGGACUCGGGCGCCAACGGGCAGGUGCGCUGCGCCCUCUACGGGCACGAGCACUUCCGGCUGCAGCCGGCCUACGCGGGCAGCUACCUGGUGGUGACCGCGGCGUCCCUGGACCGCGAGCGCAUCUCCGAGUACAACCUGACGCUGGUGGCCGAGGACCGCGGCGCGCCCCCGCUGCGCACCGUGCGGCCCUACACGGUGAGCGUGGGCGACGAGAACGACAAAGCGCCGCUCUUCACGCGGCCGGUCUAUUAUGAGGUGUCAGUGCGCGAGAACAACCCGCCCGGGGCCUACUUGGCCACGGUGACCGCCAGGGACCGCAACGUCCAGGUCACCCACCGGCUGCUGGAGGCCGAGGUGGGCCGGGCUGGGGGCUCCGUGGCCACCUUCGUCUAGGGGGACCCCGUCACGGGGCGGCUGAGCGCACGACGGAGUUUUAACCUCGAGGAACUGGCCAGCCUGCAGCUAGGGUUGGAGGCGCUGGACGGCGGCUCCCCGCUGCUGCGAGGCCCGGCCACCGCGGGGCUGCAGAUGCAGGGCCAGGACGAGCGCGCGCCCGGGCUGAACGCGUCCCUGGGCUCCCUGCCGACCCGACAGCAGGCUAGGGACGCGGACAAAGGCCUUGACACGCAGCUGACUUACCUCCGGCUCCGCAGCGACGGCGGCCCCGGGGAGCUAUCGCUGCAGCGCCGGCGGUCCCCGCAGCCCGCCGGUCCGAUGACGGCGGUCGUCGCGGCGCUGGACGAAAGUCGGCUGGCCCCGCGGCACUCGCGCGCGGUGCUCCCGGUACCCGCGCUUCCUGCGCCACCUGGCGGGCAAAUGGUGCUGGUGCUACUGCCGGCGCCGCCGCCGAACCGGGAAGGGGCGCGCAGAGCGGCUCCCUGA